AUGAAACGUCAAACAACGAUUUUAGAUUUACCAUCAAACGUAAUUGACAAAAUCAUGUUUGAGAGAUGGAUCAUUGAUAAGAAGAUAAAAAAUGUUUUGUCUUUCCUUUACACUUGCAAGUUUAUAUACAACAAUCACAAAAAUAUCAUAUUCAAAUUGACGCCAUUAACAUUAGGAUUAUAUAAAAAUUACAUUGACGAUAAAAUAAUACAAUCCUUGGUAGAAAAUAAUUUAGUAAAAAGAAUAAAUUCAGUUUAUGCAUAUCCAAAAUGUUGUUCUAAUUAUAUCUCAUUGUUCAAAAAUUUAAGGAUUGUUUCAAUAAGUACAAGUUUUAACGAUUUGUUGCAAAUUAUCGAGCGUUUACCAAAGACCACAACAAUUUUGAGUAUUACACUAACAAAAAUUUCUAAAGACAUUAUUUCCAGUCCUGCGCUGAUUCCUAAUUUGAGUUUAAAGUACUUGAAGUUCAACUCCUUAAAGUGUAUUAAAAGAGCAGAUAAAAGGUCAAUUUUAAAACAUAUUUCAAAUAAUUCAACUACAGAUUCAUUAACAAAUUACUACCAACAAAAUUCACCAGCAAAGCAGAUUUCAAAAUUAAUUGCAACAUUGAUCAAAGAAAAUAUUUCAACGUUACAAAAUGUAUCUAUGGAAUGUAUUAGUUUAACUCAAAUUUAUUUGGCAUUGGUUGAUUCGAAUUUUAAAUUUGAAAUUGACAAAAUGAUCGAUACUAUAAAUUUUGAUCAGACCACUCAUAUUCCUUUGAUUAAUUGUGAAAAAUGGCUAAAGGUUGUCUCAAAGCUAAUUUAUAUCAACAAUUACUUAUCAUUAACUCAUACUUCAUACUUGGUGAAUGGUGUUGUAUGUGAAGAAAUACGAGCUACCAAUUCCCACUAA